CAUGCACUCUGGCCAGUCACAGUUUUGAAGUAACACAAAAUAUUUUCGCUAUGGUUUUUUUUUAAUAAUUUCGUGUGUGAAACGGUGAUAUUAUUGAUUUUUUAUUGCAUUUAAACCAUCGGCCAGCAGGGACGCAUCGAAUUCCGCACGAAGAACGUCCCCCAGCCGCCCACGGACGUAGUGAAAAAGUUUUGUUUACCUUUUUUCGAUAUCCGAGAGCCCUGCAGAGCCUUCGCUGUGUGCGUGUGUGGGUGUGAGCUGGUGUGCAAAAAUGGAAAUGCAUCCGAAUUGAAAAUGUGCCAACCCGAUUUAACCCGCUAAAAAAGUUGAAAAGCAUUUCUAAAAAUUGUGGCAACGGCAGAGGCAGCAGCGCACAUGGAAAAUGUGCCCGAUAUUUCCUCCAGCGCUUCGUCUUCGUCUCUGUCUUCUUCUUCUACUGCCUCUUCCACACUGAAACUCCAAAGCCAAGUUAAUUCCAGAAAUGUCCUGAUCAGAUCGCAGAGCAGCGGCAAGUUAAGCAGCAAUGAAGCUGAAUCAACAAAGGCAUCAGCUAAAUCCAGUACAACGACGACUCUGCGAGCGGCCAAGCUCAAGAUCGGGGCCAUGCAACAGCAACAGCAGAAGCAGAAGCAGCAACACCAGCAGCAGCAGCAGCAGCAUCAGACUGCAAAUGGAGUCGGGGGCAGCAACAUUAUCCUGCUGCGCGGCACUCGCAACGAAAAUGGCCAGAUCAUCAUCCAAAAUAAGCAGGACAUACUUAGCCUGCUCAACGAGCAGCAGCAGGAGAAGAGCCACUCGUCCACGGCCAUCACGCUCAAUCAACUGCCCACGACCACAACGGUGGCUAGAAAGACCAUUGUCCAAGGCUCGAGUGGAGGCAGCAACUCCAGUAACAGCAACAGCAGUAGCAGCAACGGUAGUAACUCCACCAUUUCCAUUGUGGCCAGUGGCAACAGCAAGGAGGCCAGCAGCAAUACCAUUCUGCUGCAGACUCCCAUUAAUGCCAGCCAGCUGGAGAGCGUGCUAAAAGCUCAAGAGCGCUCCAAGCAGGCCAAUGCCACACAAACCAAGUUAGUGGAGCGGCCGUUUAUGCUAAAACAUGCCUCGCGAAGUCUUAGUUCCGAGAGCAAUAGCGACAGCAAGUCACCCUUUGUGCUGCAGACCCUGAAGCGUCUGGAGAAGUCGCAGUCCAUUCUGGUCAUACGCAACUCCACAGCCAACACCUCCAUGGCCACUUCACCGCCAGCGAGCAACUCCCUCUCCACUUCGAGUAUUCUAAGCGUGACACGCACCACGAAGGCGGCCAAGGGCGUGGCAGGAGCGCUGCACAAGCUCAAUGCAGCGGCGGCGGCCACCACAGCAGCGGGCACGGGAGUAACAGCGGUCAACGCGCCAUCAUCAUCGACGGCCACCACCAUACUGAGGUUAGGUAAAAGCGCCACCACACUGGCCAUUAACGGAGGCAGCAGCAAGCUGGAGGCCACAAUGGCCACCACAGCCACGGCAACGACAGCCACGACAACAUCAAAUAAAUUGUCCAACGCGGUGACGUCCGAGCAGCAGCAGCAGCAACAAUCGACAACGAAUGUGCCACUUGGGAACGAUGGCGAACCCAUCAAGCUGCCCGACAAUUUGGAGAGCCUGCCAAGAGCCGACAGUUUUCCAUCACAGCGCCAUCGCUGGAAUACAAAUGAGGAAAUCGCAGCGAUUCUUAUCAGCUUUGAUAAGCAUGGCGAGUGGCAGUCCAAGGAGGUUCGAACUAGACCCAAAAGCGGCUCCCUGUUGCUGUACUCCCGGAAGAAGGUCCGCUACAGACGCGAUGGCUACUGCUGGAAGAAGCGGAAGGAUGGCAAGACAACGCGCGAGGAUCACAUGAAACUAAAAGUACAAGGCACGGAGUGCAUCUAUGGUUGUUAUGUACACUCGGCCAUAUUGCCCACAUUUCAUCGCAGAUGUUACUGGCUGUUGCAGAAUCCCGACAUUGUUUUGGUGCACUAUCUGAAUGUGCCGUAUCCGGAUGAUAAUAAAAUGGCCGUGAUAGCGCCUAGUAUCACGCUUUGGGGUGACAAGAAGGAGUGGACCAAGGAGGAGCUGGUCAGUCAAUUGAAGCCAAUGCUCUCCACAGUCAACUCCGAUGAUGACUCAGACUCUGGCAACGAUAUAGAAAUAUCGACGGCCGAGACAGUGGAGUCCAUAGUUUGCCAGCUGAUGGAGAAACAGCGAUUGUCCCGCCAGGCUGCCCUAGUCAAGCAGCUGGACUGUGGUUGCGGGGAUGCAGGCUGUGCGGAUGGUAAGACCUGCACGCAUCCCGUGAUGCGGCGUUCCGGCGCCAUUCUCAAGUCCUCAGUGCAGGAGAAGCGACUAGGUGAACCCUUUAACGGCAACACGCCAAAUGUGGUGGUGGCCAGCAAGCUCUACUCCCGCUGGGCGGAGCGACCAAGGCAGCACAUGGACAGUCACGGGCAGUUCCACAAUGCCACGCAGCAGUUGCCGCAGGAGUCGGCCAUCAAGUUCCAGAUCAUUCCGCCGCAGCAGCAACAGCAACAACAACAGCAGCAACAGGCAGGACAUGGAGAUGGAAGCUAUCAGCAGUAUCGAGGAGCCAGUCAAAUGCUGGCCGCAAGAAGCAAUCUGGUGAUGCAGCAGCAGCAGCAGCAGCAACACCAACAGCAGCAGCAGCAACAAUACCAUCAGCAACAGCAGCAGCAGCACUUGAGCCUGCAAAGAUUCGUGGCCAGUCAAAGUCAGAACUCGGUGCACCUCAAUCAGCAGCACAGGCUGCAAAUUGCCAAUACAACAAUCACGGCCACAGCCAGAGAUCCUGCAGCGACUGGAGGAGGAGCAGCUGCUGCAGCAGCAGCGGCGGCAGCGGCAGCUGUUGUAGCCUCAAAUGUAAUGGACACCGAACUAAUUGAAACCCAAAGCCACAUGACCGCAAACAAAAUCACAAACUCCGGCAGCAAUAAUAGCAGCAGCAGCAGCAGCAAUGCCAGCAAGCAAUUAGCAGGCCAAACAAACAACGAAUUAAAUGUCGUAAAUAAUAACGACACCGGCAACAAUAAUAACUUUAUGUACAAUCAUCAGCAGCAACUCAAUGCUUCCAGCAACAACAGCGGCCAGCAGCAGCAGCAGCAGCAACAACAACAUUAUUAUAAAUUGCAACAGACAGCAGCAACCCCAAGCAGUGGUCAACCCCAAACCCAACCCCCUGUGGAGGCUAUGUGCAUGUCACCGGAGCACCGCAACAGCAACAGCAGCAGCAGCAACGGUAGCAAUAGCAGAAGUCAGCCCCCAGCUGCCACGUCUUCCGCUGGCAACCCCUCCUGCGCAUCCACAUCCACACCCACAUCGGGCAGCUCAUCCAAUUCGAGUUCCUUACAAUCGAUUAUCGAUGGCAAUCAGCAGCAACAAAUUACAACGACGUCAACGGCGGCAGUAGCAGCAGCAGCAGCAGCAACUUGUGAUAAUUUAAUGAGCGCCAAUGCGCUCUCUGAGCAGGACGUGGGGAGCAAUAACCACAGCAAUGGCAACAUCAACAAUCAGGCCACAGAAGUCCUCAACAGGAGUCAGUCGCAGUCGCAGACUCAACCCCUGAACCCCAAUGGUUGUGCAACUUUCAGAGCUUCCAGUGAUAACAGCAGCCAAAUAAGCGCUAGCGAGAAUAGCAGCAGCAGCAGCAACAGCAGCAGCAGUAGCAGCGAGGAUGAGCCCCAGGCCGAGACGCUGAGCUUCUUCAAUGAGACGCUGGAUCUGUCACACGAGGAUAUUCAGCGCACUUUGAUAGCCAAUAUGCCGUACAGUACAGUGGCAGAAGCAGGAGCAGCAGCAGGAACUGGUGCAACCUCAGCAGCAACAUGCAACACCAAAGCCAAGAACAAUCAACAGGAGGCGGAGAAGAAACCCUCGGCGGGAACUGAAGCCGAAACAGAGCCCGAGGAGGAUGAAACGGACGAUGUCUUUGCCAGUCUGGAUGCCUUCGAUAUGCUGGUAGAGUUUCCCGAACUGGAUUUGGAUGAUAAGCAGGCGCUAAAUAACACGGCCCUGGAGCAGGGUUCGUAUUUAGGAGAACCAGCGCCCCAGUCACAGCCCCGCAAGGUGCUAAACAUAUGCGACUUUAGUCCCGAAUGGUCUUACACGGAGGGCGGCGUUAAAGUCCUAGUGGCAGGACCCUGGACAAGUAGCAAUAGUGGCGCCUACACGGUGCUCUUCGACGCUCAGCCCGUGCCCACGCAACUAGUGCAAGAGGGCGUCCUCCGUUGCUAUUGUCCAGCUCACGAGGCGGGUUUUGUGACGCUGCAGGUGGCCUGCGGUGGAUUCCUUGUCUCCAACUCGGUGAUGUUUGAGUACAAGCUAUCCCUCCUGGCGGAUGCUCCAUUCGAUGCCAGUAGCUCCAACGACUGCCUGUACAAGUUCACUCUGCUCAAUCGCCUGUCCACCAUCGAUGAGAAGCUGCAGGUGAAGACCGAGCAGGAGCUAACCGACCACACGGCUCUCUAUCUGGAGCCCAACUUUGAGGAGAAGCUGGUGGCCUAUUGCCACAAGUUGAUUAAGCAUGCCUGGAGCAUGCCCAGCACGGUGGCUUCCUGGACAGUGGGUUUGCGAGGCAUGACACUCCUCCAUCUGGCCGCCGCCUUGGGCUAUGCGAAGCUAGUGGGCGCCAUGCUCAACUGGCGGUCAGAGAAUCCACAUAUCAUACUCGAAACGGAGCUGGAUGCCCUCAGUCAGGAUGUCUAUGGGUUUACGCCGCUAGCCUGGGCCUGUGUUCGUGGCCAUGUGGAGUGCUCGUUGUUGCUUUACAAAUGGAAUCACAAUGCUUUGAAGAUCAAGACGCAGGCACAGCAAACACCUCUGGACUUGGCUAGCAUGCGGGGCCAUAAGCAUUUGCUGGCGCAAAUGUUUCGCCUGGAAAAGGAGCGCUGCCGAAAGCCACAGUUGCGCGGUGGCCUGGCCAAUCUCUCGAUGAAUAUGGGUGUGGAAGCUGAGCCAGAGGAGCAGCAGCAACAGCAGCAGACAAGCUUUAGUGGCUUUGAUUUGGAGCUACAACGCAAGCAUGAUGGGGUGUUCCUGAGACCUGUAGCUGUGCACAGCAAUCAAAGUCCACCCAACAGCAGCAGUCGUUACUCCAAACGCUCUUCAAUAGACAGUGGCAUCAAUAUGGAUAUACGCAGUAAAUCAGGCAAACCAUUGGCCAGGCUGCACAGCAACUAUGAGAGCCAUGACAAUUAUGUCUUGGGCGUGGACUCACCGCUGGACUCGUUGACGGGCACCAACUGUCUGCUGUCGCCGCUGCGUAAAAUGGACUUUGCCUUGUGCGAGGUGGUAUCCACGGGCGAAUCGAGCCCCGUUAACGACAAAGACAUCGAUGACAACUCGACCAGCGCCACCGAUGUGACCAUUGGCAAUGACUUGGCCCUGCCCGAUGCCGUUGUAGGGGAUUCGGAUGCCAAAGUGCUGACCCUGGCCGAGCAUAUAAUUGCAGCCAUGCCAGAACGCAUAAAGAACGAAGCCGACGAGAUGAUGGUCCUGGGCAGCCCCCUGACAGAACCCCUGACUUCCGAGUCUUCGGCUUUGACGGAUAGUUUUAUGGAUCCCCUGCUCGAUUCACUGCCCAAUACCCACUUUGACAGUGAUUUCAGCUUCGAUUUCCAUGACCAUAGCUAUCGCUAUCAUGAUGUCAGCACGCCCUGUUCCAGUCUAAGUCCUGCCAGUUCGGGACCGUUGCAGUCGCCCGCUAGUUACUCCAUACUGGGCACAGAUCCUUCGGUCAGCUCACCGAGUCCGCCGCCAUCAACGAAACAGUUAACGGAAUUCCUGCAUGCAUCCAGCAUCUCGCAGUAUCCCUUCGAGGCGGACUUCUCGAAGCUAACCCUCACGGAUACAGAGCAAAGGGAGCUAUACGAGGCGGCCAAGUGCAUACAGAAGGCCUAUCGGUCGUACAAGGGCAGGCAGAAGAUGGAGGAGCAGAAUAAGGAACGCACUGCCGCCACUGUCAUUCAGAACUAUUAUAGGCGAUACAAGCAGUAUGCCUACUACAGGCAGAUGACAAACGCUGCCCUGGUCAUCCAGCAUGGGUAUCGCUCCUAUCGACGCAACAAGCGCUUCAAGAAGAGCGGCCUGGGCGGCAUGGGUAGUGGCAGUGACCAUGGCAGCGUUAGCAGCAACUCGCAGUGUCUGUCCAGCUUCUACGAUCAUUACAAGCAGGAUCAGCAGCAGCAGCACGAGAUGGGCUCGCAGCCAAGCACGCCCAAGGAAACGAGUCCAUCAGGGCCUUUAAAACGAACCUACUCGCAGUCCACCCAGAAUCAAGCUGCCAGAAAAAUCCAACAGUUUAUGAGACAAUCACGUAUCAAACUACAGAAAGAGCGAGCCGAAAAAGAGAAGCUGGUGCACCAACGCAGGGCGGAAUACCUUCAAAACUUGCAGUUUCAAGGGCAGCAGGAAAUGUUGGUGUGCCACGAAAAUAGCAAUUCAGCAACGAGUAGUGGCAACACCAGUGCCAGCAACAUCAACAAUCUACACCAAAUACAAUCCAAUCAGUGAGGGUCGCCAACUGAGUGAAGAACUUUUAACAUAGGAACGAGCUGCAUGUUCCAUAAGAAUUUAUGAAUAGCUUUAACAAUCGAGUGAAACUUUCUACUUUCGUAUUCGUUGUUCCCCUUAGGACAAAACCAAUCCCAAGCACCUCUAUAUAGUGGAACUUUGUUUCUCUAAAACUCUCUAGAACAUACACCACACACAUACACUGAAUUAGUAGCAACUAAACCUGCACUUUGAUUCAUUUGCCUAACGAAUUUUAAUAGAAAUACGCAUUGUUUUCAAAGUGAAUUGUAGUAGCCUAGGUUAGUGUUUUUUUAAGGUAUUAUCUUGAACCUAAUCGUAAACCUAACUGAAGAUCGGACUCCAGGGAGAUGAUGAGAACACAAUUUUUCCAUUUGUCAACUCGAAAGAACUUAUUACCGAAGCCUUUGAAAACAACAACUUUUUAACUCCAAUUGUAGUGGAAAACGUAGCCUGCAAUAUAUUAUAUUAUAUAUAUAUAUACAUACGAUUUAAACCAAUAUUACGCAUGUGUAUGCCUCUAAAUAGUUACAUUUGUAUAUAGUUAAGGCCCAACUCGAGGAUAACUAACUAAAUAAACUCUAGUCUAUUUUAACGUAUGUAUUACCAAGCUCUGCGAUGCGACUAUGCUUGUCUCUAAAGCAAAAAAAGAAUGAAAAAAAUGAUAAAAAAAAGCAUUAAUCCUCGAUCCUAACUAGUUGCUAACUGCUAGCUCCUUAAGACGCCACUUAAAGUUAAAAAAAAGCAAACGUUGUUGUUGAUUUCUAAAAUCAGAUUCGUAUCGGAGUUCUAUCAUGUUUCAAAGAAAGCAAACUCUAUUCUAAUUUCCCCUAAGCAAGUACUUACUACGAUAAAUGUGUACCAAGUCCUAACUUAUCUAGACUAAGCCUAGCUAAUGAUAGAAGAAAUAGAAGAGGAGAAGAAGCCUUGUUACACUCCCGGAGAGAGGGCUUUUGGCAUGGAAUUUCCAACAUUUUGCUGUCGCUAACCUCCCCCAGUCAGUCUUCAUUGCUCGAUAAAGACAAAUAUAUAUAUAUAGAUAUAUGCAAGAGAGUAAAGUUUUUAAACUAAAUGUAACAAUAAAUGAAUUUUUGUAAAUUAUUUUUGUCCGUCCACAUUGUUAGCUUUCAUAACAUACCAACAAGAACAUAUAUACUUACAAAUAUACAAUAUAUAUAUAAUAUAGAAAGAGCCGAUACUGAUAACUGAUAAAGGACCCCUCGAGUUCGUAUUACCAAAAACACAUACACACAGACACACAGGCGGCGAAAACUAUGGGUAGUACCUUAGGAAUAGACGCACUUACCACAAAAAACCCCAAAAAAUAUAAAACAAGUGCAAAAAGGCAGACUGUACUCAACGAGCAUGUUUUUCGGUCACAAUCAGAGGGAGGUGCAAGUGCAGCUAGGAUUUAUCACAUUGUUAACUAUUUAACUACGAAACUAUUAUACUUAAUUCGCACUAUUAUAUUACUCGACGAAACUUUGAUUGCAUUUUGCUCCAACUUAACUAUGUAUAAAUCUGAUAACUGAUUCGAAAUGAAGACUAAAUACGAUUUCACUACUCAACUGACUUAAGAAUUGCAAUCAAUUUUGUUAAAACUGUUUAGGCAGGGUGUUAGAUAUGUAUGUAACAGCUGAAAACUAAAACCAAUUAAUUGCAAUAUUUGCACAUAAUACACAUACUAAACCGACACACACACACACACACACACACAAGGCUCACACCACACACGAUUUAUAAACCUCAAAGUAGCAACCUGAGUGUGUUUUAAAGCAAGUAUGAAAGUCUUUUUAGAUAGAGAAAGGCGCGGCGAGGCCAAAAGGCAGAGAAAACUUAAGUACCUUAAGCCAAUUGGCACUAAAACUAAACUUAAAUCUAACAAAAACAAUUAGAAAUACCGAAAGUGAAGGUGUUUUGCAAAGAUAUCCUAGCGGAUCGUAGGGCCUAUAGCCUUUAGUUUUGUUUGAAUGUUUUUUCCUUCAACUGAACUAAAAAAAAAUUAUGCAAUGCAACACCAAGAUUGUUUAUAUCUAACGAAACUUUACACAAUACCAAUGAAUCUAUUAUAGCCAACAUAAUUGGAUAUUUGUACUCACAUAUCUGUUAGAUCAUUUACACCUAUAUCCUCUUCGUCUUAUUAUAACUUCUAAAGUGCGGCGGUCUACUUCCACUUUGACUUUAACCUGAACUUCAACUUCAAAUCCAACUACAACUACAACUCCAACUUCAGCUAGCUAAAUAAUAACAAAAAAAAAAGUCAAUCCAAAAUUCAAAUAUAUGACAGCUUGAAUUUAAAUCGUUUAUUUCCGAAUUUCAGCUUAGUAGAUGAAUCGGUAAGAAACUGUUAACUAAACCCUUAAGCGAAAUAUACCCUAGAGUGUACUCUUUUUAAAUAUUAUACCUAACUUGUACGGGAUACUUAGCAUGAACUAUACACAUACAUAUAUCCGCAAGCUAUUAAGAAUGUUUAAUGAAAAUCAACGUAUUAUAUAUGUACAGACACGGACACAGAUUCAGAAACACACAACAACACCGCAACACAAAACAUAGAGUUAUAUAUACAAUAUAUAUAUUGUAAAACGACUUUCCAGUUUCUGUAAAAUUGUAAUUACAUCCAAUAAAGUUUAAUUCAACACUUUAA